AUGAACGACGAAAAAUUGAUGAUUUUGGCUGCAUUGGGUGAGAUGUUUCUGGAUGAGAUGCACGGGUUUGGCUCUGGCUCCGUCUCUGGAGAGUCGAAACGUGUAUCGACAUGGGAGCUGAUUCCCUUGACCGGGGCUCAGCAAACUCAGAUCUUAAAUAGACACAACGUCUUUCGCUCCAAUCUUGCCAGAGGGCUUUACAAGGCGAAAAGUGGCUUCACUUUUGCCAAAGCUACAAAUAUGAGAAAAUUGGUUUGGAACUACACUUUGGUCCUUGAAGCAGCCACCUAUGCGGAAACGUGCCCCCCUAAUGCAAUCUCAAAUCUCAUGGUCAACAAGACCGUGAACACAUGGGCUAACCAGUUUUUCACGAAUGGACCCAAAGGCUACGUCACUACAGCUGCUACAGCACACGCUACACAGAUGGCGUGGUCCACAACACAAUCAAUCGGAUGUGCGUAUGUUCUAUGUGGUAAUUUCUCGGGACGGAGAAUCGUUGUUUGUCAAUACUAUCCACCUGGCAAUAUUACUCGUCUCUCGAAUAAAGCUGUCUCCAUUGCUUACCCAUUUCUCUACAUGACUGGGCCGGUGACUUUAUGGGCGAUGACAAUGCUGUAUUUUGAGGAUAUCAAUGGAACAACUAAUUCAUAUGUGAAAACUGACCCAAAUUUGGCGCCUCUACUUGCAAAAGAUGCACCACAAGCCUACAUUUACUCGAUGGAGAGACCGUAUUUGUGGAUUUUGCUAUUGAAAAUGGCGCUCGAUGCCUGGUCGGGGAUCAUUUUCUUCUCUUUGACAUUGAUCAAUGCUUCUGUUCGAUCAAUCACCGGUUUUUUG